ACUAAAAGCAACAGCAAACAGUAGUGAGACAUCCUUUACACUUUAUCCGUCAAUCAGGCUUAAUGGGGUAUAAAAAGUCCCCAGCUCCAGCGCUGGGAGAGAGAGCCGCAGCAGCCCAUCUAUAGCGCAUGGGGAGCACACUGGACUUCUGCAGCUGGAAGGCUUUGUAGGGACUUCAGUUGACUUGCUUCAUUCACUAAGCUCACCGAUCAGAGCCAAUGAGGGCACCGAUGUGCUGAUCCUCCCAGUGCCAAGUCUACCACCUUCACCUGAAGAGGUGCAGCAGCAGCGGCGGUGGGCAUCAAGCAUGAAUUGGGGGUGCGCUGGCAAGCUGCUUCUCCUGCCCAUGCAGAUGGUCUUCUGCGUGCUGAAAGCUGCCAUCUACUUGGUCUUGCCCACCCGGCUGAGGGACUUGAGAGGGGACAUCGUGCUCAUCACUGGAGGCGGCAGGGGCAUCGGGAGGCAACUGGCCAGAGAGUUUGCCAAGCAAGGAGCCAAGAAGAUAAUAAUAUGGGGUCGGACAGAGAAAUGUCUCAAGGAAACUGCUGAGGAAAUUAAGCAGAUGGGCACAGAAUGCCAUUAUUUUAUUUGCGACGUUGGCAACAGAGAGGAAGUUUACCAACAAGCGAAAUCUGUGAGGGAAAAGGUGGGAGACGUUACAAUCUUGGUAAACAACGCCGCAGUAGUCCAUGGGAAGAGCUUAAUAGAUAGUGAUGAUGAUGCUCUUCUGAAGUCCCAACACAUAAACACACUGGGACAGUUUUGGACUACAAAAGCUUUUCUGCCACGCAUGUUGGAGUUACAAAAUGGACACAUUGUUUGUAUAAACUCUGUUCUGGCUUUAUCAGCCAUCCCAGGAGCCAUCGACUACUGCACUUCCAAGGCCUCCUCCUUUGCUUUUAUGGAGAGUUUGACCUUGGGGCUUCUGGACUGCCCAGGAGUCAACACCACAACAGUAUUACCCUUUCAUACCAACACGGAGAUGUUCCAGGGAAUGAGAGUUCGAUUCCCCAACAUUUUCCCACCUUUGAAGCCCGAAACGGUGGCCAGAAGGACUGUAGAAGCUGUUCAGAAGAACCAUGCUCUCCUAUUACUCCCAUGGACAAUGCACCUACUUGUCAUCUUGAAAAGCAUCCUCCCUCAGUCAGCACUUGAAGAAAUCCACCGGUUUUCCGGGUCUUACACUUGCAUGAACACCUUUAAAGGACGAACAUAGACUCCUCUUUCGUGCCCGGGAAUCUUUCAGUGGAGCAGAGUGAGACCCCCCUAAACGAUCCAGAAAAGAUUGAGGAGCGGCAUCUCUCCAACAAGGCGAAAAAGCCUCUGAAAUUAAAUGGACCCUCCAGGUGGCCUCUACGAGUUGGCCUUUAUUCAGGCCCAGAUAUUGAUGAACUGGAAUGGGAGGACGAGCAAAGAUUGUUUGAUUUUCUAUGUUUUAGUAGUUUUAUUGUUUCAGUCCGCUGGUAACAUAAAUAUUUAAACGUCGUUGUAAAAGACAUUCAUGGGGGGGCACCAAUUUCGUUGUGGGUACUCUAGCCUCCUGCAUAUUUGAACCUUUCUGGAAAUGAGCCGCUGAUUAAGGUUUGUAACUGUUAGUGGUCGUUUUUGCAGUUGUUUGUUGUCGUGUGUUUUUUGUUUCUACUUUUUUUUAAGUGGGGUUCGCCCAAAACUGA